AUGGAUCUGCGCAGUGCGGGACCCGACAACGUCAUGGCCGACGACGCCUCGUCACUUGGCAGAGAGUCGACCAGCGGCUUUUGGGGCCGUUCUCUGUUCCUGUGGCUGAACUCAACAUUGCUCAUUGGCUUCCGCUCCAUCAUAAGCGUCGGCGACCUGCAAGACCUAGGCCCUGCGCUUAGUUCAACGCGUCUGUUUGCGAAAUUUGAACCCUUCUGGGCCAAGGCUUGGACAGCGAACAAGAGCUCGCCAUAUUGCUUGCCGAGAGCGUGCCUCCGCACCCUCGUCAGAUCCUUUCUCGCCAUCGUGAUCCCUAGGCUGUGCCACAUAGGAUUCAAAUUUGCGCAGCCAUUCCUCCUCCAAAGCAUAGUCAACGCCAUCGACAAGCGUAACCUUUCCCGCGAUACCGUUGGCGGCCUGGUUGGGGCCACGCUGCUUGUUUACAUGGGCAUAGCCGUUACCAAAGCAUACUAUAUGCACCUAACUUACCGCAUGAUUGCCCGCCUCCGAGGACUGCUCGUCUCAGCCAUAUUCAACAAGACGCUUAAACUUAAGUCGUCGAGUGCGGAUUCUGUUAACGAAUCUGCCGCCGCGACCUUGAUGAGUACCGAUAUUGACGGCAUAGAGAAAGGCCUCGCUGUCUUCCACGAAAUUUGGGCUAGCGUUAUCGAACUCGCGCUCGGCAUAUAUGCCUUAGCAACGAUUGUCGGAGGCGCGUCCUUUUUAGUCGUGCUGCCGGGAAUAGUUACAACCGCGGCCUCCAUUGAGCUUGCGCGAAGAAUGGCUCCAGCCCGCGUCGCCUGGAACGAAAGGGUUCAGGCGCGGGUUUCGGUCACGUCGAAUGUUCUCGCGCACAUCAAAGGCAUUAAGAGGACGGGUCUAGUGCCUGCGGUCUCGGAGUACAUCCACGGGCUUCGCCUUGUCGAAGUCGACUUCUCCAAGAAGCUACGGGUGCUACUUAUUGUCAUGCACGCAAUCGCCUCCUUCUCUACCAGCAUCACGCCCAUCAUCGUUAUUGCCGGCGGCCUCUUCUGGACCAAGUUUGCUGGCGGCCUCAACGCCGCUCAAGUAUUUACGACACUCUCUAUCAUUGCCCUCGUCUCGAAAUCCGCGUUUCUCCUUCUCGACGAGAGGAUAGAUGGACGAUUUAUGGCGGGACCGAGAACGGGGAUAUUGCCCUCUGACCGCUGCGCUGUCUGGUUUGCUGAAGCGUCAAUCGCCGUCCCAGACGGCGCGGAAUCAAUAUUACAACGAGUCAACGUCGAGUUAGUCCAGUCGAGUCUCACCAUGGUCUCCGGACCAGUAGGAAGCGGAAAGUCCACCUUUUCCAAGGCAAUCUUGGGCGAGGUGCCACUUAGCGAGGGGGCCAUCUACGUCAAGCACGGAUCCAUGGCCUAUUGCGGCCAAUCAUCAUGGCUUCGAAACGUUACUCUCCGCGACAAUAUCAUCAGCCAGAGCGCCUAUGAUCCGUACUGGUAUGGCACAGUUCUCCGUGCUUGCCUGUUGGACGAAGAUAUGCGCCAGCUUGCAGACGGCGAUGGCUCUCUCGCCGGCAGCGGCGGCGUGAACCUCAGCGGCGGGCAGGGUCAGCGCGUGGCACUGGCAAGAGCCGUCUACUCGCGAAAGCCGAUGCUGCUUCUAGACGACGUCUUCAGCGCUCUCGAUGGCCGGACGUCACAGGCUGUAUUUUCCGAGCUGCUGGGCUGCGACGGGCUGUUGCGGAAAUCAGGCACCACGGUCAUCAUGACUACCCACUCGCAGGGUGCCGCAGCCGAGCAUCUCGCCCUCGCCGACAAUGUUCUCGUACUGGAUGGGACGGGGAGCGUCAGAGAACAGAGACAUGUCAACCAUGAUACAGGGAGACAGAGCCUUGCUCGAGAUCUGGAAAAUAAGGACGAGAGGAGAGCUGAAGAUAGCCAGUCUCAAGUCGUGUCCGAGACGUCCCGUGCGUCGUCCACUCCCCCAACAAGCACAGUGCCGCCAGUACCGGAAGAAGACAGGGCGGAGCGCCAGUGCGGGGACGUGACUCUAUACUACUUUUAUAUCGAAUCCAUUGACAAGGCACCGCAAAUAUUUGUUCGUAUCUGGCUCGAGAGAGACCUCGAAAACAGUCGCUACUUUAUCGGAUACGCAGUCCUGGGCGUGUCGACCUUGGCAUGCACCUCAGGGAUGCUCACGUGCGUUGUGCCAGCGCGCUUCUACCUUCUCAAGCUCGUGCCCAAGUCGGCAGAGAACUUGCACCAUAUGCCGCUGGAUAGCGUCAUGGACGCAACACUUUGGUUUCUUACGUCCACCGACUCUGGAACUCUUCUUAACCGGUUCAGCCAGGACAUGACGCUUGUCAGCCAGAUGCUUCCCAUGGCAUUCAUGGAAGUUGCAUACCUUGCCUUGUCCGUCCUGACCGAUAUUGGCAUCAUUGCCUCUGGAGCCAAGUACGCCUCGGUUAUUAUUCCAUUUUUCGUCGUCGCCCUCUACUGUCUCCAAAAGUUUUACCUGCGUACAUCGCGACAGAUACGGCACCUCGACCUCGAAGCCAAGUCGCCCCUCUAUACACAACUCACCGAAACGGCCGCCGGCUUGCAGCACAUCCGGGCUUUUGGCUGGCAGUCCAAGGUGCUGGCCGGCAGUCUCAGGCUGUUGGACUAUUCGCAGAAGCCGUACUAUUACAUGUUCUGCAUCCAGCGGUGGCUCGCGCUGACCCUGGAUAUGUCUAUACUCGUUAUCGCCGGGGUGUUGGUGACAUUCGCGCUCAAUACGACGACAUCGCAGAGUGCCAUCGGCCUUGCUCUUAUCAACGUGAUGACGCUGAGCGAAACCCUGUCCCAGCUCAUCAACGCGUGGAUUAAUCUAGAAACGUCACUCGGAGCCAUUGCCCGGCUGCGAACCUUCUUACGCAAUACUCCAAUUGAGAAGGAUCCGCUACGAGGACAAGACCCGCGGUUGCCGCCGGGUUGGCCUGAGCACGGCAAGAUUGAGGUCGGAUCCAUGAGCGCCAAGUACAACCCCAAUGAGGAAGCGUCGCGCCCUGUUCUCGACGGCCUGUCUGUCAUCAUCGAGCCGGGACAAAAGAUUGGUAUCAUCGGGCGGACCGGAAGUGGCAAGAGCUCGCUACUGGCGUCAAUCCUCGGCCUGUUGGACUACUCAGGCUCGGUCUGCAUAGACGGCAUCGACAUUUCCCAAAUUUCACGCCAGCAGCUUCGCUCGCGCGUCACCACCCUCCCACAGGAGCUGGUCGAACUAGCCGGGACUGUGCGGACCAACCUUGAGCCCCUUGGCCGACUGAAGCCGACCGUCGCGGCGGACGAUGACGCCAUGGAGGAGGCCUUGAGGCGGGUUGGCCUGUGGAAACACGUGGCCUCGCGCGGAGGACUCGACACCGACUUAGCGACUCUAGGGCUGUCUCACGGCCAGAGGCAGCUGCUGUGCCUUGCGCGGGCCGUCGUGCACAAUGCCAGCACGGGAAGCAAGGUGGUGCUGGUGGAUGAGGCAACGAGUAACCUCGACCACGAGACCGACGUGCGAAUGCAGGCCGUCUUGUCCGAAGCCUUUGCCGGGUGCACGAUGCUUGUGGUGGCGCACCGUCUAGAGACGAUUCAAGACGCUGACGUGAUGCUUGAGCUGGAUGCUGGGCGGCUCGUUGGAGUGACGAGGAAGAAGAAGAAGUGA